CUAGUAACGUUCCGCCUGCAUUGAAGGAAACUACUUGAUUAAAACAUGUAUCUGUCGUGCUCUUUUGUUGUGCUGUGUAUUUUGAAUUUUUACAAAGUUUUAACUGAAGAUCCCGAGAUGUGUAAAGCAAUAGGGGGUCAGAACGGUACCUGCGUCCCUCUGCCUUCAUGUCCCCAAUACGUGCAACUGCUGAAGGACUCAAAUACCACCCAAUUAGGGCUGAAUAUCGUCAAGGAGUAUAAAUGCGGUUUUGAAGGGAGGAACGUUAAAAUAUGCUGCCCAUAUACAAUUGGUAGCAACCAGAGUGACCAGCACAAAAGUUUUAAAACAGAUGAUGAUGAUUUUGUUGACGAAUUCCCCUCGGUCUGCGGUACAACCGACACUAUACGUAUUAGUUGCAAACAUGAAUUGGGAACAUUUCUUAACGCAAAGCCUGCGUACAAAGGCAUUUCUCGCUGGAUGGCUCUGCUGGGAUACAGAAAUGGCAUGCAAUGUGGAGGCUCCAUCAUAACCCAACGACAUGUCCUCACUGCUGGACAUUGCAUCACGAACUCCUUGUACGUAGUGCGUCUUGGCGUGAUAAAUUUGAAAGAAAUAACUGAUUUCGUCAAAGAUCCACAAUCUAGGGACUAUCCAAUAAAAAGGACUAUACUUCACGAGAGAUAUUUGAAGGGAUUUUCAAACACCCUCAAUGACAUUGGAUUGGUUGUGUUAGCAGUAGACGUUGAAUUUACAGAAAACAUAAGUCCGGUGUGUUUGCCACUACCUAGUUACUACAGAAGGGAUAUAGAAGAUGUAACUCAUGGAACUGCAACAGGUUGGGGAGAGACUGAGAGUGGAAAGCUGUCAUCCCAGCUCCUAUAUUCGAAGUUAAAGCUGUACGAUAAUGAAGAGUGUAGAAAAAUAUAUGAGCCCUAUUAUACAAUAGACAGGCGGGUGUUGUGUGCAGGAGAGCAUGAAACUGAUGCGUGUCACGGUGACAGCGGAGGACCUCUGGUGUGGCUGCACUGUGUAGGACCGAACGCUGACGAUAAAGAUCCAACUGUGAGCUAUGAAGGCUACGACACCUAUUUUCAAAUGGGAAUUGUCUCAAGCGGCUUUGCAUGUGAAAAUAGCGCUUUCAGAGGCAUAUAUGUUAACGUUACAUAUUACUUGCCGUGGAUCGAAGAAAAGGUGUUGGGGAAAACUACAAUAAAGGUAUAAGAUUUGUAUUAUCUGCUAGAAUACAACAUAAAAGGUACUAGUAUUUGGUUGUAUUUAUUUAAUUAAGAUAAAAUCCAAAUAAAAUAAUUGCAUGUAGGUUUCU